AUGAACCAACAAAGAUAUCAACACAUGAUUUCAAAUCAUCACACGUCAGCUCACGAGGCGGUACGAGGAGCGAAAGUAGGGGCAGCGCCCGGAGGAGACGGUAUACCGAACUCUCUCUGGCACAAGCUCAUCGGGGUACCGGUAAUUCUGGAAACACUGGUUCAGUUAUUCAACGCAUGCAUAAACACGGGAUACAACCCGUCACAUUUCCAGCGCUCAAUCACAGUUGUGCUCCGAAAGCAAGGUAAAAGCGACUACCAGCCCGCAAAUUCCUUCCGAUCCGUCGCGCUGCUGAACAACGCUCGGGAAGUUUCUGGAGGCAGUUGUCGCACAACGUGUGAACGGCUCAAGCCAAAUUGA